UUUUUUCUCUCUUUUUUAAGUGUAAAAAGUGUUCACAUUCACAUUAAUUCACAUCAACAAAUCCUCUUUACAGAGCUUCACUACUUAUAGCCAUUCAUUUCUCGGCAGAUUCAAUCUCGUCUCAACUCAUGGAUUGGUUGCACAAGUUUCUGCUUGCAGCUUUCCUCGUAGCCGGAGCCUCGAUCACUGGAGCUCGCGGCGAUGCCAUGGUCACCGGAACCGUGUUUUGUGAUCAAUGCAAAGAUGGCCAGAUCUCUCUCUUUGAUUAUCCCUUAUAUGGGAUAAAGGUGACAAUGGCCUGCCCGGGGAGCGAUGGGCAGUACACAACGUGGGGGGAGGAGACCACGAACUGGCUAGGAAACUACGCGAUGAGAGUUGGGGGCACCCCCAAUUUGAAUGCGUGCUACACGCAGGUCUCGAGCAACGGGCAGGGCUCGAACGCCUGUGGAGCGGCCGCGGGGCCGGCCAAGCAACUCCGGCUCAUGUUCAACAUGUUCAACACGGAGAUGUACUCCGUUGACCCGUUGCUGGCUCAGCCGGCUCAACCCAUGUCGUUCUGCCCGAGCUCAUCCACCCCUGCCCCGGUCAGCCCUCCGCCCGCGCCUCUGCUGCCCCCUGUCCCCCGCUUCCCGCCCGCGCCCUUCUUGGAAGCCUCGGCCUGUCCCCACCAGAUGUGGUUGAUGCCGGAAUACCAAUGCUAUUGGAAGGUGGUGAGUCCGGACACGAAGGUGGCCGUUGCGUUCGGGUUGAUCGCGGGCCGUAGGUACGGAGCGGACAUGACCCUAAGGCAAGGGAUGCUAGGGAGAGGGGAUCCCUAUAGGACAUUGUUGAGGGAAGGCACCACAGCAUUGCUCAACUCCUACAAUAGCAUACAAUUCCCAUACCACCCUAUAGGUGUGAUUGAAGCUAUGAAUUUGGCGUUGAUGGGGUCCACGCGCAACGUGCUCCACACCGCAUUGAGCUUCAUGAGGGCUAACGCCGGCUCGGGCAAUGCGGCCACCUGCAGAUUCACCACUUGCAAGUGAAUCUCCACACCUUUGUUUAGGUGUUUCAAAUUGUGUGUUUCUAACUUCUUAAAUUUGUUAUUGUGCGUUUAUUAUAGAGUUGUAGAAUGAGGUUGAUGGGUUGGAGGAGUUUUGGAAGAGGGGCUUCUUUUAUUACAUAGAUUGUUGACCUUUGAAUCUACUUGUGUAAACUUUUUAUUACUGCAGUUGGAACGUGUUGCUACAAAUAAAUUGUUGAGAAUUUGGUCAUUUUAUUUUAUUGAAAAAGAAUAAGCGGAGUUUUGCAUAGCCCUUGUUC